AUGGCCACGGCGAGCAACAUAGUGGUGGGAUCGUACGUGUGGGUGGAGGACCCACAGAAGGCAUGGAUGCCGGCAGAAGUCCUCCGAGUAGACAGCAAGACGGUUACAGUCAGGAUUGGACGGAAAGAGGCCACCCUGAAGCUGUCCCACGUGCAUCCCAAGGAUCCUGACGCGCCGAGCGGCGGAGUGGACGACAUGACGAAGCUCGCAUACCUUCACGAGCCGGGUGUGCUCAGCAACCUCGCCACACGAUACAGCCUUGACGAGAUCUAUACAUACACGGGCAACAUCUUGAUCGCGGUGAACCCGUUUCAGCGGCUGCCGCAUCUGUACAGCCAGCACAUGAUGGAGCAGUACAAGGGCGUGCGCCUGGGCGAGCUCAGCCCGCACGUGUUUGCCAUCGCCGAGACUGCUUACAGGGCCAUGCUGGACUGUGGCGAGAGCCAGUCCAUUCUGGUGAGCGGGGAGAGCGGGGCGGGCAAGACAGAGACAACGAAGCUCAUCAUGCAGUACCUCGCUUACAUGGGGGGACGGGCUACAGAAGGGCGAUCUGUGGAAGCACAAGUGCUGGAGGUAGGUGUUGGGAGCGGUUUGAGUCGGCUUAAAACACGGUGUUGUUGUACGCGUGGGGAGAGCGGGGCGGGCAAGACGGAGACCACGAAGCUCAUCAUGCAGUACCUGGCUUACAUGGGGGGACGGGCCACAGAGGGCCGUUCUGUGGAGGCGCAAGUGCUGGAGGUAGGUGUUGUGUUUGGAGUGUCCAAUCCCCUCCUAGAAGCCUUUGGCAAUGCCAAGACCGUCAGGAACAACAACUCGAGUCGGUUCGGCAAGUUUGUGGAGAUUCAGUUUGACGCCGCAGGGCGAAUAUCGGGGGCAGCAGUGCGGACAUACCUGCUAGAGCGGUCCAGAGUGGUGCAGACCUCUGAUCCCGAGCGCAACUACCACUGCUUCUACCAGCUCUGUGCGGGCGCCACCCCUGAGGAAGCAGCAAGGCUGAAGCUCGCCCCGCCCGAGACGUUUCACUACCUCAACCAGAGCUCGUGCUUUGAACUAACGGGAUACAGCAACAAUGCGGACGAGUAUGCUGCCACCCGCAGAGCCAUGGACGUGGUGGGGCUCAGCCAUUUGGAGCAGGACGCCAUCUUUCGAGUGGUGGCGGCCAUUCUGCAUCUGGGCAACAUCUCAUUUGCCCCAGGCAAGCAGCCGGACUCAUCCAAGGUGUCGGGCGACAAGGCCAAGUUCCACCUAGAGGCAGCGGCCGAGCUGCUCGGAUGUGACCGGCGAGCGUUGCGAGAAUCACUGAUCACGCGCACGCUGGUGACGCGUGACGGCAACAUCAAGAGGGAGCUGGAUCCAGCAGCAGCGGUGAUCAGCAGGGAUACGCUCGCCAAGACCAUUUACUCCAAGCUCUUUGACUGGCUGGUGCACAAGGUGAACGUGUCAAUCGGCCAGGACCCCCAUGCCAAGUCCAUCAUCGGUGUGCUUGACAUCUACGGCUUCGAGAGCUUCCAAACCAACAGCUUUGAGCAGUUCUGUAUCAACCUGGCAAACGAGAAGCUCCAACAACACUUUAACCAGCACGUGUUCAAAGCAGAGCAGGAGGAGUAUGAGAGUGAGGCGAUAGACUGGAGCUACAUCGAGUUUGUGGACAACCAAGACGUGCUCGAGCUCAUAGAGAAGAAGCCAAUGGGGAUUAUUGCUCUCCUGGACGAACAAUGCAUGUUUCCCAAGUCCAACCACGAGACAUUUGCCACGAAGCUCUAUCAGACGGUGGGCGCCCACCGGCGCUUCGACAAGCCCAAGCUCUCGCAGACAGACUUCACCAUCGAGCACUAUGCUGGCAAGGUGACCUAUCAAACAGAUCUCUUCCUCGAGAAGAACAAGGACUACGUGGUGAUGGAGCACCAGGCGCUGCUGGGAGCGUCAAUAGACCCCUUUGUGGCGGCGCUCUUCCCCAUGCCCUCGGGCGACAAGGCCAAGACCAAGUUCACGUCCCUGGGAUCUGGCUUCAAGCAACAACUAGCAGAGCUGAUGGCCACUCUGAGCCACAUGGAGCCGCACUAUGUGCGAUGUGUGAAGCCCAACGGGCAGUACAAGCCUGGUUACUUUGAGAACCCCAGCGUCAUUCACCAACUGCGAUGCGGGGGUGUGCUGGAGGCAAUUCGAAUCAGCUGUGCGGGCUACCCCACUCGCCGCCCCUUUGACGAGUUUCUUGACAGAUUCUCUGUUCUUGCACCGGACCUUUGUGAUGGGAGAAGAUACGAUGACAAGACGUCCGUUACUCUUAUGCUGCAGCGACUAGGCUUCAGCAACUUCCAGGUGGGCAGGACGAAGGUGUUUUUGAGAGCAGGCCAGAUGGCUGACUUGGAUGCGUUGAGGGCGGAGAAGCUGGGGUGGGCGGCGCGGGUGAUUCAGCGCGCCUGGCGGUCGUGGCGGCAGUUCAUGCGCUACAACAUGCUGCGAUGGGCCGUGAUUCGCAUGCAGGCGAGAUGGCGAGGCCAUCUGACCCGGCAGUACUACAGCUGGCUGCGAGAAGAAGCAGCAGCAGUGACGAUUCAGAAGCACGUGCGGCGAUACACCACGCAGCUGGCCUACGAGCACACGCGCUACAGUGCCAUCAUCAUCCAGGCAGCGUUCCGCGGCAUGUUGUGCCGCAAGUGGGCGCGAGAGAUCAGAGUGCAGCGGGCGGCCACAAGAAUACAGGCUGCUUGGAGGGGCUAUGUAGAACGAAUGGACUUCCUUCGCGAGCGCUGGAGCGCCGUGGUCAUUCAGAGCGCGUGGAGAGCGAGACAGGCGCGCAGGCUGCUCAGGCAACUGCGAGUGGAGGCGAGGCAAGCAGGGGCACUGCGCGAGGCCAAGUCAAAGCUGGAGAAGCAGCUGGAGGAGCUGACGUGGCGGCUGCAGCUGGAGAAGCGCAUGCGGCUGGACCUAGAGGAGGCAAAGGCCGCCGAGAUCCAACGGCUGCAAGCGCAAGUGGAAGAUCUACGGUCCGAGCUCGACGACACGCGAACCCGGCUGGAGAGCCAAGUAGACGACACCCGGAGGCAACUAGACGAAUCCCAAGGGAGACUACAAGAAGCACAGGGGAGAUUAGAGGAAGCUCAAGAGAGGUUGGAGGAGGCGCAAGGGAAGGUGGAACAGGCAGAGGCAGAGCUGGAGCAGCUCAAGUCGCUGCUGGCGGAGUCAGAGGGGCGGCUGGCUCGCUACGAGGCUGAGGUGGCUGGGCAGGUACAGGAGAAGGCAGCACGGAGCGAGAGGGAGCUGGAGCAGACCCAAGCGGAUCUAAAGCGGGUACAGGAGCUUUACUCGCGGAUGGAGCGAGAAAACCAAGCGCUGCGGCAGCAGCAGCAAGCACUCUCAGGCCCAGACAGAGGAGGAGACUCUCCUGUCCCGUUGGCGCUCACCCCGGCUAGUGGGAACGGCAGCAGAGGGGGAGUAGCGGGGAUGUCGCCGCUGGGGAGUGUAUCUGGGGAAGGAGGAGAGAGAGGGCGGCUUUAUCGCAUGCAGUCUGAACGGCACUCGCAAGAGCAGGAGGCACUACUGAAGGCCCUCUCAGCCACCAGUCUCGGCUACAGCAACAAGCGCCCCCUAGCCGCCUGUACAGUCUACAAAUGCCUGCUGCACUGGCGGGCAUUCGAAGCCGAGCGAACAAGCAUUUUCGACCGCAUCAACCGCACUAUCAGAUCAGCUGUUGAGGAGGAUGAGGCAGCCCUGGCGGCGCUGCCAGCCGGAGGGGUGCUGAGCGGUGGAGCGGGGUUGGGAGGGAAGAGCAUGGGGAGGCUGGCGUAUUGGCUGUCUAACACUUCUUGCCUGCUGGUGCUGCUGCAGCGGACGCUUAAAGCCGGUGCGGGCCAGGCUGGGCCAGCAGGGAGGAGGAGAGGGGUGCAAGGAGGAGGGGGGGCUAGUGGCAGGAUGGGUCAUAUGGGCCCUCAGAUGGGGCCCCAGAUGGGAUAUCCGUCCCCCCCUCUGCCGGAUGGGUCUAGCUCGCUGAAGCUGAUAGAAGCCAAGUACCCCGCGCUGCUGUUUCGGCAGCAGCUGACAGCGUAUGUGGAGAAGGUGUUUGGGCUGAUCAGAGACAACUUGAAGCGGGACAUUUCGCCCAUUCUUGGGCAGUGCAUUCAGGCUCCGCGCGUCUCCCGCUCCUCAUACGGCCGGCAGUCUUCGUCUCCUAGCAGCGCAGCGGGCGGCGGCCCACCGUCAUCAUCAUCCCCACCAAGCCCGUGGCACGCCAUCAUUGCAGCGCUCAGCACGCUGCUCACAACGCUCAAGGGAAACCAUGUGGCGCCGUUCCUCAUCCGCAAGAUGUUCGCUCAAGUGUUCUCCUUCAUCAACGUCCAGCUGUUUAACAGCUUAUUACUCCGCCGGGAGUGCUGUUCGUUGAGCAACGGGGAGUAUGUGAAGGCGGGGCUGCAGGAGGUGCAGCAGUGGAUGCGGGAGGCGGGAGAUGAGAGCAUGGGGCGCGCGUGGGAGGAGCUUCGAAGCAUCACCCAGGCUGUGGGGUUCCUGGUGCUGCACCAGAAACCUAAGAAAAGUUUGGAAGAAAUUGUCACGACUCUCUGCCCGUCGCUGUCGACGCAGCAGCUGUAUCGCAUCGCCACCAUGUACUGGGAUGGCAAGUACGGCACACACACCGUCAGCACGCAGGUCAUUCAGAUGAUGCGCGCCAGAAUGAGCGAGGAGGCGCGGUCCCCUGCUGCUACUGGCUCGUUUCUUCUGGAUGAUGACUCGAGUAUCCCCUUCGGUCCGGACGACUUUGCGCGCAGCAUGGAGGGCAUUGACAUUGCAGUGCUGCCGGUGCCACCUCCCCUCAGAGAUAACCCCGCCUUCCACUUCCUCUCCUCACGCCCCUAG